GUCGCCCGGCGCGGUGGCUUGUGGGAGAAGAUGGCGGCCGCCGCUCAGCCCCGGGUCGCCCGGGCUUGGCCAAUGUCACGUUCUGCCCUGGCUGCGGUCACCGCCUCCGCGUCUCACGGGCCGCCCCGCCGUCGCCAGCUCCAUCAUGCCGUCAUCCCUCACGGCAAAGGGGGCCGCUCCUCCGUCAGCGGGCUGGUGGCCACCGUGUUCGGAGCCACGGGGUUCCUGGGCCGGUACGUCGUCAACCACCUGGGCCGAAUAGGAACUCAGAUCAUCAUCCCCUACCGGUGCGACACCUACGACCUUAUGCACCUUCGCCCCAUGGGUGACCUGGGCCAGAUUCUCUUUCUGGAAUGGGACUCGAGAGAGAAAGACUCCAUCCGCCGGGCGGUGGAGCACAGCAACGUGGUCAUCAACCUGGUGGGGAGAGAGUGGGAGACCCGAAACUUUAGUUUUGAGAACGUCUUUGUGAGGAUCCCCAAACUGAUCGCACAAGCCUCCAAAAAAGCCGGCGUGGAGCGGCUCAUCCACGUGUCCCACCUCAACUCCGACAUCCGAAGCUCGGCCUGCUCCCUGAGGAGUAAGGCCGUGGGGGACCAGGAAGUGAGGGAGGCGUUUCCGGACGCCACCAUCAUAAAGCCCGCCGACAUCUUUGGAAGGGAGGACAGAUUCCUCAAUCACUUUGCAAACAUGCGAUCGUUUGUCGGGGUGCCCCUCGUGUCCCUGGGCCUGAAGACCGAGAAGCAGCCCGUGUAUGUGUCGGACGUGGCCAGGGGGAUCGUGAACGCCGCCAGAGAGCCGUCUGCCAAGGGCCAGACCUUCGCCUUCGUGGGGCCGAACCGGUACCGCCUCUUCGACCUGGUGCAGUACAUCUACGCCGUGGCCCACCGCCCCUUCCUCCCCUACCCGCUGCCCCACUUUGCCUACCGGAUGCUGGCGCGGUUCUUUGGACUCAACCCGUUUGAGCCGUGGACCACGCCGGACAAAGUGGACCGGAUUCACCUCUCAGACAAGAUCCUGCCCGAGCUGCCGGGCCUGGAGGAGCUGGGCGUCCGGCCCACGCCGCUCGAGCUCAAGGCCAUCGAGACGCUGCGGCGCCACCGCACCAACCGCUGGCUCACCGCCGAGAUCGAGGACGCCAAGCCCCCCAAGACGGUGGACUACUAGCACCCCGCCCCGCCCCGCCCGCACCCCAGGAAGCCCGGGGGCCUGUCAGCCGGCCAGCCGGCUGCCAAGGCGUUAGGUGCCUGGAGAAUAAAAUGGCCCAGGUUCA